AUGCUGCCCGUCGCGCUGCUCCGCCGCCCCGGCCUGGGUCGCCUCGUGCGCCAGGCUCGCGCCUACGCCGAGGCUGCGGCCGCCCCAGCCCCCGCCGCGGGCCCGGGACAAAUGUCUUUCACCUUCGCCUCUCCCACACAGGUCUUCUUCAACGGCGCCAACGUCCGGCAGGUGGAUGUGCCCACACAGACAGGAGCCUUCGGUAUCCUGGCAGCCCACGUGCCCACCCUGCAGGUCCUGCGGCCGGGGCUGGUUGUUGUCCAUGCUGAGGAUGGCACCACCACCAAAUACUUCGUCAGCAGCGGCUCGGUCACCGUGAACGCUGACUCAUCAGUUCAGUUACUGGCUGAAGAGGCUGUGACGCUGGACAUGCUGGAUUUGGGGGCAGCCAAGGCAAACUUGGAGAAGGCACAAUCGGAGCUGUCAGGGGCAUCCGACGAGGCCACGAGGGCUGAAAUCCAAAUCCGAAUCGAGGCCAGCGAAGCCCUGGUGAAGGCUCUGGAGUAG